AUGCGUUCGACUUGGAAAUCAUUUGAGGAUUAUGAACGCGCAUUUGACCUACACAAUAACCAGUGCGGAUCGGAGGAUGUAUCGAUUCAGUGUUCUUAUAUCCUCAUAGGCUGCGCUGGUGACAGUUCCCUUUUCAUUAGACAUUUUCUCGCUAACGAAACGCGUAUCUCGCUUUCCUAUCCGUUAGCGGAGAAACGAGUGUCACAUUGCGUUUUGCGGAUCGUUCUGGGAGAAUCUUUCAAGAUCCCCGAAGGAAGAGCUUUUGAAAGGCUACACGUCACCAUUUUAUAUCCGAUCAAUGGCGUCGGUGAUCUGCUGAUUUGA